AAUGAUGAAGUCCUCGGUCCAUGCAGAAGAGGAUGACUUUGUGCCAGAGCUUCAGAGAAGCAUCCAUCCCAGAGAGAGGCCAGACUGGGAGGAGACUCUCAGCGCUAUGGCAAGAGGUGCAGAUAUCCCUGACAUUCCAGGGGAGUUGCCGCUCCGGACCUGUGGCAGCACAGCAAGUAUGAAAGUGAAGAAUGUGAAAAAGUUAUCCUUUACAAAGGGUCAUUUCCCGAAGAUGGCUGAGUGUGCACAUUUCCAUUACGAAAACGUGGACUUUGGCAACAUACAG